GUGUUGGAGGGGAGUCCUCCCUCCUCUGCGCCGGGGGUGGGAAAUGGGAAGAUUUCACCUCUGAGCCAAACUGCUGGCGAAACUUUAUUACAGUUCUUGGGGAUAAGAUGUGCAGUAUGCUUUGCCCGGAGGGGCAGGGGAAAAGGGGAUGAGAAUGAAACGGCAGGGGCAGAGAAGAGGGCAAAGGCACCCUCGGAAGUGGCCGGGGAUGGUGGCCAGCCGCGAGGGAGGCAGGGGAGAGCUGCCCAGGAGUUCCAAAGAUGCUUUGCAGAAAAUAUUCCAGGCUAGAAAAGCGAGCAAGAGAAGCUGGAGGGUGGUAUGUAGGGAGAUAGCUGGAGGCUCACUCAUUCACCGAUCCCGUUGGCUUUUCGCUCGAACUACGUGUUAUGGGAUCUGAAACAUCUUUACUGCCUCCUUGGAGAGGCGUGGGAAGGGAUAACUCACAGAGAUGCGAGGACAUUUCCAGCGCUAAGAUGCCCUGGAAUUCUAGCUUUGAAGGAUAAGAGGAGGAAGAAAAAAGAGGAAAGGUUUGCAUAGAGAAAAUUCUCGGGUAGCUGGGCUGCAACACACAGCUUCGGUCUCUGGUCACUCAGGAAGCCUGGGAAGCCCAGACUCAGAAGAUAGGGACCAAGGAAAUCCUGGACAGGAACCCAGGAGAGGGGAGGGCUGUGGGUCUGAUGGGCAAAAGCCUCCAGGAGACAGUCACCCACAGAGAUGCCCAGGAAUCAGUACACAGCUUUCAACCAGCGACUCCUGAAAUGAAAUGAUCAGGGCUGCAAAUAGGAAAGGAGAAAACACAUGCACGCACCCACACAUGCUCACACAUGCACAGUUUCAUGUCCUGCUGGCUGUUUUGAUGUUGUUUCCUGGUGAAGCCCAGAGGCCCACAGAACAAUACUCUGCAGACCGCUGUGGUUCUUGACUCUGUGACUUCUGAGAAAAUGCAGGAGGCAAAGGACCGGUCCUUCAACAAACAGGGCUGCCGCCUCGCACAGGGAGCGUCUCUUACACCAACAUCAUCAUGCCUUCGGUGUUCGGUGCCAUCUGCCUCCUGGGCAUCGUUGGGAACUCCGUGGUCAUCUUCGCGGUGGUGAAGAAAUCCAAGCUGCCCUGGUUCAGCAACGUCCCCGACAUCUUCAUCAUCAACCUCUCGGUGGUGGACCUCCUCUUUCUCCUGGGCAUGCCCUUCAUGAUCCACCAGCUCAUGGGCAAUGGUGUCUGGCACUUUGGAGAGACCAUGUGCACCCUCAUCACGGCCAUGGACGCCAACAGUCAGUUCACCAGCACCUACAUCCUGACCGCCAUGGCCAUUGACCGCUACCUGGCCACCGUCCACCCCAUCUCCUCCACCAAGUUCCGGAAGCCCUCUGUGGCCACCCUGGUGAUCUGCCUCCUGUGGGCCCUGUCCUUCAUCAGCAUCACCCCCGUGUGGCUCUACGCUAGGCUUAUCCCCUUCCCAGGAGGCACCGUGGGCUGUGGCAUCCGCCUGCCCAACCCAGACACUGACCUCUACUGGUUCACCCUGUACCAGUUUUUCCUGGCCUUUGCCCUGCCCUUUGUGGUCAUCACGGCCGCGUAUAUGAGGAUCCUGCAGCGCAUGACAUCCUCCGUGGCCCCCGCCUCUCAACGCAGCAUCCGGCUGCGGACAAAGAGGGUGACCCGCACGGCCAUCGCUAUCUGCCUGGUUUUCUUUGUGUGCUGGGCGCCCUACUAUGUGCUUCAGCUGACCCAGCUGUCCAUCAGCCGCCCGACGCUCACCUUUGUCUACCUGUACAACGCGGCCAUCAGCUUGGGCUACGCCAACAGCUGCCUCAACCCCUUUGUGUACAUCGUGCUCUGUGAGACGUUCCGAAAACGCUUGGUCCUAUCGGUGAAGCCUGCGGCCCAGGGGCAGCUUCGAGCCAUCAGCAAUGCCCAGACGGCUGAUGAAGAGAGGACAGAAAGCAAGGGCACCUGACACUUCCCCUGCCGCCCUGGGCACUACCACGUCAGGGCACCACGGCAGACCAUGGGGGAAGAUGCUGAGAGAAACCGAAGACCGCUCUGGGAGGAUGCAGGGAGGCUGGGUGGUUACAACUAAAAACAUUCAACAGGGCCCACAGAUUGCUCAACGGAGCCAGGUUUGGGGGCUUCAAGCAUCAGAAAUCUCCUUCGGAGAACAAGAUGGACUUUCGGGUUGAACAGAAACUGAGCAAGAAGAUUGGUUUAAAGGUUCAGCUGAGCCCUACGUCUACCAGCUCCCAAAUGUCUUUUUCCAGAGAGAAGACGUAGAAGGCUUCUUGCCGGGUUUAUUUAAAAUCAGGCAGGGCCAGGGCGUGAGCAGGGGUAUGGGCACAGGCCCCUGGGGAAAUGGGAAAGGUGGUGCGGCCUCACCGCCUCUUCCUGUCUCUCAUUGGUAUGAUGGAGGGCAACCUUUCUCCCAAGCUGGAGGAUGAUGAAAAAUAAAGCGUGUGGUCUCUCCAUGUUCCAGCAUCCUGUGUCAAUUUCCCUCUAUCUCUAGGCGAUGCAUGUUUAUUUGGGGGUGGGGGUGGGGUCUGAGCCCACGGAGGUAAAAGCCCAAUUUGCUAGGAGAUCCACUUAUUGGGAAUGACAAGGCUACCCGGGAUGGGUGUGGGUGAGGGCCUUGAGAUUAAGAAAAAGGGAGAGGGUCAAGGGGGGCAGUUGUGGGGUCAUUCUCUUCGGGGGGCACAUUUGUCAGUCACCAGAUCCAGAGUGAGCACCCAUCAGGGUCCUGCACAUGCAGGGCUCAUUCUGAGGCCUGGUGUGUUUGGCAUCAUUUUUUGGCUCUAGCCCUUUCUCUCCAAAAUAAAAACGAAUAAAGGAAAAUCUCCACCC